UGUUGUGAGAGAAAAUAUUGAUAUUUCGAUAUGAAUAUAUAUUUUCGACACCCCCCUUCUGCAAACAGGCAAAACAGUGAAAUCUGCGUGCUUCGGGGCAACCAUUGCAUCAUUGGCCAAUCCGAUCGCGAAGCCUCAGGCCUUCCGUAUCCAGUCUCACGGCGUAUCUGCCGGGAAUCGAUCGAAAUCACGGAGCGGACGAAACAGCGGAAGAUACAAGCAAAACACCAGCUCGCCACGUCAGUGGGAGUGGGAGCGAGAAGGCGCCUGUCGAUAGGAUAAGGAUAAGCUAGUGCGAAAGGGAGGGGGCUAGCUCCCUCUAAACAAAGGUAUUAAAAUGUUUAGCAACUUCAAGGAGCGCUUCAUAUCGGCCAUUGUGCCGGAUCUGCCGCCGCUGCCGGGCACCGGAGAACGGAGCGGCAGUUCUGGCGGCGGCCACCACAAUUCGCAUGGAGGGCGUUCCAGAUUCGGCGGAGGGCAGCAGAUGCCGGACAAGUUUCCGUAUGCCAGGCCGCCUUUUCUGCAGCUGUUGACUCCGGACGAGCUGCGCGCCUCGGCGGAUCACAAUGUUCGGCCCAUUAUUGUGCCCAGGGACAUAAACCUUCUGCCCUGGGGCACGGGCUACGCGGAGUGCGUGAACUCCGGAAAAUCAGAGUGGAACGAGGACCAGGGUGCCUUCUGCCGACAAGUCCUCUCCGAUCCGGAACACAAGCAUCCGGAUCUCCCAUACACAUACUUUGGCAUAUUCGAUGGUCAUGCUGGCUAUGGAGCUGCCUUGGCUGCUAGCCACCAGUUUCAUCACAUCCUACACGAGAAGUUGGUCGACUGCCUGGAGCUACUGCUUCCGCGCGACUCGGAGUCCCCCGCAGGAGGUGCCGAAGGCGGAAAGCUGAAUCCUACGUUUCCGCAUCCCAUUUACUUCCAGCGAAGGGUCACCAAGGACGAGCUGAUCGUCGGAGCGUUGGAGAGUGCGUUCUUCAACAUGGAUUCGCUAAUAGCGCAGGACAGUGACCGAUAUAGGGACGCCGGCGGGUGCACCGCUUGUGUUUCCCUAUUUAUUGAUGGAAAAAUGUACGUGGCGAACGCUGGAGACUCUCGCGCCGUGCUCUGUCAACGCAAGGCUACACUGAAGAAGAACCAAAAGGAACAGGAAGCAGAGGCGGGCAUAGUACCCGAUCCGCUAGAAGCCAACUGCUAUCCAGUGCCGUUUAGCGCGGACCACACUCCCGAAACAGAGCGAGAACGGCUGCUGAACGUGGCCAGACUUAAGCCACACCUCAUGGGCAACCAGUACGUGGCCAUGGAGUACGCCAAGCGGCCGCACAUAAAGGAUAUGGGCCAGCGCAUCCUCUGCCGGCAGGGCACCAUGCGGGGUUGGACGUACAAGACGCUGACCCGCGACGAUCUCUGCAUUCCAGUUGUGAAUGGCGAGGGAAAGAGGAGCCGGCUUCUGGGCACCCUGGGGGUUACCCGAGGCUUCGGCGACCAUGAACUUCUUGCGAUCAACACGGGCAUUCAAAUCAAACCGUUCCUCACACCCCAUCCGGAUGUGCGGCAGCGCGACCUGACCCAAGUGGUGUGCAUCCCGGACGAGGACAACCGUGACGGGGACUACGGUGUACUUGUGAUGGCCACCGAUGGCCUGUGGGAUGUCUCGGAAAACGAUGCCGUCGCCAGGACAGUCUUCCAAACGCUGUCGAAGUAUCCGACGGAAAAGCAUCGUUACACAAUGGUCGCCCAGGAGCUGGUGGCCAGAGCCCGCGGGAAAAUUAACGACUCUGGACAUUGGCGACUGGCAGACAGCAAGGCGGCUGCCACAGUCGAUGAUAUAUCCGUGAUUGUCAUCCCGGUUGGCCAGUAUUACAAGGAGCAUGUGGAGUGGACGCAGAACUACAAGCGGGAUCUCGAGGCGAAGCGUCGCCAGGCGCAGGCCAACAUGGCCCAGGAGGCUGUCAAUGUCCUGAACGGUGUCAUCACCGAGGAGGCGCACGUGGUCGAGGAGGAGGAGGAGGGUGAGGUGGUGGUCCAUGAAGUGGCCAAGACCACACCAAAGAAGUCGCCGCAGCCCAAGAAGAGUGUGGAGAAACUGGAGAAAGCGCCUGAGCCCGAGGAGGAACUGGCGCCGUCGCUGGAACGAGUGCAAUUAGAGGACACUGCCACUGCAUCCUCAGAAACCCCGGCCGCUGAGCAGGAAAAGGAUAACGAAUCGAACAGGGAUGCGACGACUCCGCGGCAGCAUCAGGCAAAGGGUCGCAAAGGCAAGGGCAAGCACUAGGACGUGCUGCCUGCAACAAAUUUAUAUACACCACAGACACACACACACAGCAAUACAAUAUAGUUCAAGGUCGUCUGCAAGCCGCAGAUGGACUCGCUGCAAGGCAAAGCCCACGUGGCACAGACACGGACACGGAGGAGAUGCGGACGGGAACAUCUAUAUAUUUUUACACUCCACUCAAGACAUUCGAGUUUAUACAUAACUAACUUAUGUACAGACAGCCGGAGCUAGGGAGCAGAAUCCACUUAACUUGCUACGAAUAAGUAUAUUUAUUUUUGAUCCAAACCAAUACCUUAACAAGCUGGAUGUAGUGCGAACGACUUGAGACGAUAAACCCAAACAUAAACCCUGAGUCAAAGCCCAUUAAGAUGAACAAAGCCCGAGGCAGGAGCACACUUUCAAUUACCACAAAUCAAACCUAUGCUAGAAAUUAAAAACAAAACCAGAAAUUAUUAAGUAGCUUAAGUUGCAAAAUACCCUUAAACCUUAAACUAAAUAAAGUGAAAACAAUUAUUGUUAACUGAAAA